AACUCUUUAAGCAGGCUCAUAUAUCAUUUGUCUGAGAAGAAACUAAAGUUAGAAGGAGCCCAACAAAUUACACAGUUUUAGAAAUGGAAGAGAGUGAUGAAACUGAUCAGCCCAUCUCAGCAGGGAGGCAAGAAAUUCGAAAGAGAAGACGACUCAGCCAAUCAAUGGUAGACAAAUCCCAGCAGACUGAAGUAACAGAGAAAAAGAAACACCUGCCUAUAUCACAAUCAUAUGGUCCUAAAUCUACCGUUAGUAUUGGUAAUAUUCCUGGAAGCAAAGUCAAUUAUGAGUCUCUCAGAGUAUCUUCUCAACUUCAGCAAACUUGGACAAAGAGAAAGCAUGUACAGGAUAUGACUGAUAAAUCUCUGCAAACAGAGGUUAUUGUAGAAGAGAAAAAAGAAGAAAUCAGAUCAGUCGGUGAAACAGUGGUACCUGAAGAAAAACCAGCUGCUGUUGGAGAAGCAGUCCCUGAAUUUCCAGAGACUGUUCAGGAAGUAGAAAUUCCACCAAGCAGACAUUCAAUUCAACUAAAAAUAGACAGAUCUCAGCAGACCAGUUGUACUGGAGACUGGUCAGUGAUGAACAUUCCUCAAAAAGAAAAAGUGGACAAGGAACAGCAGACCUACUUUAGUGAAACAGAAAUAGUAGUUAUUGGCCAACCAGAUAGCUCUUUCUCAAAGUCAAAUGAAGUUGUGCAAAAAAGUGAAUCCUCAGGGAAGCUUUUCAUUAGUGAAUAUCCUGAAUUGCUACCCUCAACAAGUAGAGAUGAAGAAAUUAGGCGGAUAAGUAUUAGCAAAUUUCUAUUUAGUCAACAAAGCAAAAAAGGUUCUUUGGAACUUUCAGAAAAUGAGCAAUAUGUUCUAGGUGAUGUACAGUCUCCCACAGCAGAAGAGAUCUUUGCUGAAGUCCAAUCUCUGCCAGAUGAGACUAUUGCUGAAAACUUCCCUACUGAACCUCAGCCUCCACCAAUUGAAGAGGCUCCUAUAGAAGAGGGCCUUGCUACAAUAGAGCCCACCCUAAGUGAAGAGGCUCUUUCAGAAGGGCCUCCUGUUGAAGUUCAGUCUCCAAAAGUUGAAGAAGCUCCUGUUGAAGUACAGAUUUUCCCAGCUGAAGAGAUUUCUGCAGAAGAGGCCCCUGCUAAAGUAGAGUCUAUCCCUGCUAAAGAGGCUUUCUCAGAAGAGGUUUAUCCUGAAGUUCAGCUUACAACAGCUAAAGAGCCUCCUAUACGAGAGACUGAAGAAUUUCAGCCUCUACUGGCUGAGACCUCCCCUGAAGUUCAGCCUCCACCAGCUGAGAAGGCCCCUGCAGAAGAGGCCUCAGAUGAAGUUCAGCCUCCACUGGCUGAGACCUCCCCUGAGUUUCAGCCUCCACCAUCUGAGAAGGCCCCUGCAGAUGAGACCUCUGAUGAAGUUCAGCCCCCACCAGGUGAGACCUCUUCUGAAGUUCAGCCUCCACCAGCUGAGAAAGCCCCUGCAGAAGAGGCCUCAGAUGAAGUUCAGCCUCCACCAGCUGAGAAGGCCCCUGCAGAUGAGACCUCUGAUGAAGUUCAGUCUCCACCAGCUGAGACCGCUCCUGAAGUUCAGCCUCCACCAGCUGAGAAAGCCCCUGCAGAACAGGCCCCAGAUGAAGUUCAGCCUCCACCAGCUGAGGAAGCCCCUGCAGAAGAGGCCCCAGAUGAAGUUCAGCCUCCACCAGCUGAAAAGACCCCUGCAGAUGAGACCUCUGAUGAAGUUCAGUCUCCACCAGCUGAGACCGCUCCUGAAGUUCAGCCUCCACCAGCUGAGAAAGCCCCUGCAGAAGAGGCCCCAGAUGAAGUUCAGCAUCCACCAGCUGAAAAGACCCCUGCAGAUGAGACCUCUGAUGAAGUUCAGCCCCCACCAGGUGAGACCUCUUCUGAAGUUCAGCCUCCACCAGCUGAGAAAGCCCCUGCAGAAGAGGCCCCAGAUGAAGUUCAGCCUCCACCAGCUGAGAAAGCCCCUGCAGAAGAGGCCCCAGAUGAAGUUCAGCCUCCACCAGCUGAGAAAGCCCCUGCAGAAGAGGCCCCAGAUGAAGUUCAGCCUCCACCAGCUGAAAAGGCCCCUGCUGAAGAGGCCACAGAUGAAGUUCAGCCUCCACCAGCUGAGAAGGCCCUUGCAGAUGAGACCUCUGAUGAAGUUCAGUCUCCACCAGCUGAGACCUCUCCUGAAAUUCAGCCUCCACCAGCUGAGAAAGCCCCUGCAGAAGAGGCCCCAGAUGAAGUUCAGCCUCCACCAGCUGAGAAGGCCCCUGCAGAUGAGGCCCCAGAUGAAGUUCAGCCUCCACCAUCUGCAAAGGCCCCUGCAGAUGAGACCUCUGAUGAAGUUCAGCAUGCACCAGAUGAGACCUCCCCUGAAAUUCAGCCUCCACCAUCUGAGAAGGCCCCUGCAGAUGAGCCCUCUGAUGAAAUUCAGCAUGCACCAGCUGAGACCUCUCCUGAAGCUGAGCCUCCUUCAGUUGAGGAGGUCCCUACAGAAGAGGCCCCAGAUGAAGUUCAGUCUCCAUCAGCUGAGGAGGUCCCUGCAGAAGAGGCCCCAAUUGAUGUUCAGUCUCCACCAGCUGAGACCUCUCCUGAAGUUCAUGCUCCAUUACUUGAGGAGGCCCCUGUAGAAGAGGCCGCAGUUGAAAUUUGUUCUACACCACCUGAGGAGGCUCCUAAAGAAGAUACCUCAGCUAGAGUUUGGUCUGAACCAGCCGGGGUAGCUCUUGUUGAACCUCAGCAUCCAUCAGCUGAAGAAACGACUUUAGAAAUGGUCCCUGUUGACAAACAGUUUCCAGCAGCUGAAGAGGACUUUUUUACACAAAUUUCUGUAGAAGAUGUCCUUGCUGAAGUUCAGCCUCCACCAUCUGAACACACUGCUGCAGAUGAGCCUUUGGUAGACCAUAUGUCUACUGAAUAUCAACAUCUCCAGACAGCAGAUGUCCCAGUGGUAAAAUUAGAAUCACUGGUUUUGGAAGAUCAGCAAAAACCUGAAGAGCCUUUGGAACUAGAUCCUGUCCCUGAAGAUUUGUCUAAUAUCAAGAAAGAACAGGCUCCUGCCUUUGAAAUAGAGGGUGUCUUUCAUAUAGAAAUAAAAUAGAGGCCUCUUUCUCAGCUGUAA